AUGUCGUCUCCGUUUUAUGUUCCGGUCUCGCUCGACCAUACCGCUCUUCUUCUCUCCGAUGUACAAUCUCAAAUCCUCCGACGUUUCUCCCAGGAAGAGCAGGCCGCUUAUCUUGGCAAAGUCCUGAAGCUUCUCAAUUUCUUUCGCUCAGAGAUCAAGUCUCGCCGUGCCUCAGCCAAGUCAAACGAGUCCCGCUCCCUCUACGACGAUGUGCCGAUGAUUAUCCACCAUACACUACCCUUCAACAUCAACUCGAAUGCGUUCGUGUCACCGUACAAUAAGCUCGCAAGCUGGGUAGCCAAGCUUGAAGCAAGCGGUGCCUUCGCCAAUGCGCCCUCUGAUCCCCAUCGUCCCCACUAUGGUGUUCCGGCCGAGCUAGUUCCUCCUGGUGGCUGGGGCGGAAAAGAUGAGAUUUUGCUUGGUAAACUACAGCCAAACUGUUUUAGAUCCUCAGACCUGCUGGCCUAUCUACGGGCACGCGGGGUCAGACACGUUGUACUAGUUGGUUUGACGACCAUGGGGAGCAUCUUGAGCAGUGCAAGGGCUGGUGCCGAGCUAGACUUUCAUGUUAUCUGCGUGGAGGAUGGGAUUAUUGAUGAUGACCCUGAGGUUCAUGAGUUCAUCAUGAAGCGUAUUCUACCCAAGUUUGUUGACGUUAUAACGGUAAAGGAUAUUGUGAACCUCGGAAAGGGAAAGUCAAAUGGCUAA